CAGAAUAGUUUCCUCUGUUCAAGGGGUUCUUGCUGCUGUUCUGGAGUCAUUGUUAUUACAUCCUGCAAAGAUGUGAAAUUUGACAGGCAUUGGCUGGCUACAUCUUAUAAUUGGUUUAUAAUCCCCUACAUGGUAUAUGAUACCUAUGCAAUGUAUCUUCGUCACUGGUACAAAUGUCAAGACAAAAGCACAUCAAAUGGGAAAGAUCACUUUUCUGCUGCAAUAAACAGCUUACUGCGGAAAGAUUUCCUUAUGCUGGUUCAUCACACAGCCAUCUUGGCCAUCCUUGUUCCUAUAGGACUGUUUUUAAGAAGAGACAUUGGAGAUUUCUUUGUAGGCUGCCUCUUUGUGGCAGAAAUGAGUACCCCAUUUGUUUCACUUGGAAAAGUUUUAAUACAGAUGAAUUUGCAGAACUCCUUCUUGCAUAAAGUAAAUGGUGCAUUUGUGCUCAUAACGUUCUUCAUCUGCCGCAUCCUGCUCUUUCCUUUUAUGUACCACGCCUACGGAAAGCAGUAUGGGAUUCCACUAUAUAAAGUACCUUUCAACAUUCCCUUGCACUGCAACAUUGUAAAUGCCACCAUUAUGGCUCCACAGAUAUACUGGUUUUGGCUCAUUUGCAGAAAAGCCUUAAGACUCUAUAUACCAGUUCUAGCUCCAGUAAAGACAGAUAACACUCGCCUGUAUGACAAAGUCAUGUUUCAUAGCAGUCUUUUCAUUUGGCAAGUGAGGUCCCUUGUAAGGGAUGGGGACUGA